AUGUCACUUCUCUCAUCUCUCCCAACCCGGGAGGUAGCUGGAAUCACAAUCCCAGAUACCCCACUGGUCAACAAAACCAUCGCUUACGUGCGAGACCAGGUCGAUGACUUUACAUACAACCAUGUCAUGAGAAGCUUCCUAUUCGCCAUCACCUUUGUUCCUAUCGUCACUGCUUCGGCGCCCGACUAUCCCAUUGACUAUGAGGUCAUCGCUAUCAGCACGCUUCUUCACGAUCUAGCCUGGGCAGUAAGCAGCGAUAAGUGCACCCCAGACAAACGAUUCGAAGUCGACAGCGCCAACGCGGCAAGAUUAUUCCUAGUCAAAGAAACUGGGAAUGAUGCUAGCUGGCCCAAUCAUCGCGUGCAGGUCGUCUGGGAUGCGAUUGCAUUGCAUACCACCAAUUCCAUUGCUAUGCACAAGCAGCCCGAAGUCAUGCUUGCCCACAUAGGAAUCUCAGCUGACUUCAUUGGGCCGAAUAUCAUUCCAGGAGGAAACGGCCCAUUAACUUCGGAGAUUUUCAAUGAUGCUGUCAGUUUGUUUCCGAGACAGAACUUCAAAGAAGGUGUGAGGGAGCUUAUGUGCGAUUUGUGUAAGACGAAGCCCCAGACGACAUAUGAUAACUUCGUUGGUGAGUAUGGAGACAAGUAUGUGGAAGGUUAUGAUAGAACUGGGAAGAAAGUCAUUGACUUUCUUGAGACUGCUAUCUAA